GAGGUGGAGGAGGUUGCGGCGGGUUUGAAAGCGGCAGUUUCCUGGCAGCUUGGGCAGGCGUUGGUCUCCGCGCUCCAGCUCCGCAGCGGCCACGAUCGAUCCUGCGACGGGUCUACGCGCGCUUCUGCGCGCCCCCGACGGAUUUUUCCCGUUCCGGCUCUUCCCUGUUCACCUCCCCGCCCCCCUGUUUCUGUCUUUCCCGCCGCUCCGGCGCGGAGCCCGGGGGCCAGCCGGCGGCCGUGACCCCGCCCGAAACCCCUCUGGAGCUGCCCGGGGACAGUUCCCCUCCCUUUUCUUCAGCCUAGCCCGGGGUGGUCCUCGCGGAGCCCGUCAGCUCCGGGGAGCGCAGCCGGGAGGGGCGUCCGAGGGGCGUCUCGGGGCUUGGAGCAGCCCAGCCCUAGCAGGCUGCGGUCGGGGGUGGGGGCGCCGGAGCGUCGAGGCCCCCUCGCCGGGCUGCACGGGCCGCCGGGCCCCCAGGCUGAGAGGGGGCCGGAGCGGCGCCCCCGCCGCCCGCGCGGGGUCUCCCCCAUGGUGCAGCGGGGUUCGGGAUGUCGAAGACGCUGAAGAAGAAGAAGCACUGGCUCAGCAAGGUGCAGGAGUGCGCUGUGUCCUGGGCCGGGCCCCCGGGCGACUUGGGCGCCGAGAUCCGGGGCGGCGCGGAGCGCGGCGAGUUCCCUUACCUGGGGCGGCUCCGGGAGGAGCCCGGCGGGGGCACCUGCUGCGUAGUCUCGGGCAAGGCGCCCAGCCCUGGGGAUGUGCUGCUGGAGGUGAACGGGACGCCUGUCAGCGGGCUCACCAACCGGGACACUCUGGCUGUCAUCCGCCACUUCCGAGAGCCCAUCCGUCUCAAGACUGUGAAGCCAGGCAAAGUCAUUAAUAAAGAUUUGCGACAUUACCUGAGUCUUCAGUUUCAGAAAGGAUCAAUUGACCACAAAUUGCAGCAAGUGAUCAGAGAUAAUCUCUACUUGAGAACCAUUCCAUGCACUACAAGGGCCCCCAGGGAUGGGGAAGUACCAGGGGUGGACUAUAAUUUCAUUUCUGUUGAACAGUUCAAAGCACUGGAAGAAAGUGGAGCAUUAUUAGAAAGUGGAACGUAUGACGGAAACUUCUAUGGAACUCCCAAGCCUCCAGCAGAACCCAGCCCUUUCCAGCCAGAUCCAGUUGACCAGGUCCUCUUCGAUAAUGAGUUUGACACCGAAUCCCAAAGAAAGCGAACUACGUCCGUCAGCAAGAUGGAAAGAAUGGACAGCUCUCUUCCGGAAGAGGAAGAAGAUGAGGACAAGGAAGCUGUUAAUGGCAGUGGAACUGCAGAAAACGGAGAGAGGCGUUCUGAGUCAUCUGAUUGGAUGAAGACUGUCCCGAGUUAUAACCAAACUAAUAGCUCCAUGGACUUCAGAAAUUAUAUGAUGAGAGAUGAGAAUCUGGAACCACUGCCCAAAAACUGGGAGAUGGCCUACACCGACACGGGGAUGGUCUACUUCAUUGACCACAAUACCAAGACAACCACCUGGUUGGAUCCUCGUCUUUGUAAGAAAGCCAAAGCCCCUGAAGACUGUGAAGACGGAGAACUUCCUUAUGGCUGGGAGAAAAUAGAGGACCCGCAGUAUGGGACAUACUAUGUUGAUCACCUUAACCAGAAAACCCAGUUUGAAAAUCCAGUGGAGGAAGCCAAAAGGAAAAAGCAGUUAGGACAGGCUGAUACUGGGUCUUCAAAACCAGAUAUGGAAAAAUCCCACUUUACUCGAGAUCCCUCCCAGCUGAAAGGCAUUCUUAUUCGAGCAUCAUUGAAGAAAAGCACAAUGGGAUUUGGUUUUACCAUUAUUGGUGGAGAUAGGCCUGAUGAGUUUUUACAAGUAAAAAAUGUGCUGAAAGAUGGUCCUGCAGCUCAGGAUGGGAAAAUUGCACCAGGUGAUGUUAUUGUAGACAUCAAUGGCAGCUGUGUCCUUGGUCACACCCAUGCAGAUGUUGUCCAUAUGUUUCAAUUGGUACCUGUCAAUCAGUAUGUCAACCUCACUCUCUGCCGUGGUUAUCCACUUCCUGAUGACAAUGAAGACCCUGUUGUGGACAUUGUUGCUGCUACUCCUGUCAUCAAUGGCCAGUCAUUAACCAAGGGAGAGACUUGCAUGAAUACUCAGGAUUUUAAGUCAGGAGCAGUGGUCCUGGACCAGAAUGGAAAGCCGGGACCCACCUUGAUCAGUGACCGUCUCAAUGGACCAUCGGACCCGAGCGAGCAGCGAGCAUCCCUGGCAUCAUCGGGCAGCUCCCAGCCUGAACUAGUGACUAUCCCUCUGAUUAAGGGCCCUAAAGGCUUUGGGUUUGCAAUUGCUGACAGCCCAACAGGACAGAAGGUCAAAAUGAUAUUGGAUAGUCAGUGGUGUCAAGGCCUCCAGAAAGGGGAUAUAAUUAAGGAAAUUUACCAUCAAAAUGUGCAGAAUUUAACACAUCUCCAAGUGGUAGACGUGCUAAAGCAAUUUCCCGUAGGUGCAGAUGUACCAUUGCUUAUCUUAAGAGGAGGUCCUCCUUCACCAACUAAAACUGCCAAAAUGAAAACAGACAGAAAGGAACAUUCAGGAAGUUUGGAGGCCAUAAAUGAGCCCAUUCCCCAGCCUAUGCCGUUUCCACCCAGCAUUAUCAGGUCAGGAUCCCCGAAAUUGGAUCCUUCUGAGGUCUACCUGAAAUCGAAGACUUUAUAUGAAGAUAAACCACCAAACACCAAGGACUUGGAUGUUUUUCUUCGGAAACAGGAGUCGGGGUUUGGCUUCCGGGUACUGGGAGGAGAGGGACCGGACCAGUCUAUCUACAUCGGGGCCAUCAUUCCUCUGGGCGCAGCAGAGAAAGAUGGUCGGCUCCGUGCAGCUGACGAGCUGAUGUGCAUUGAUGGGAUUCCUGUGAAAGGGAAGUCUCACAAACAAGUCUUGGAUCUCAUGACAACGGCGGCUCGAAAUGGCCACGUGCUAUUAACUGUCAGAAGAAAGAUCUUCUAUGGUGAGAAACAACCUGAGGAUGACAGCUCUCAAGCCUUCCUUUCAACACAGAAUGGCUCGCCCCGCCUGAACCGAGCAGAGGUCCCAGCCAGGCCUGCUCCGCAGGAGGCCUAUGAUGUAGUCUUGCACCGAAAGGAAAAUGAAGGAUUUGGAUUUGUCAUCCUCACCUCCAAAAACAAACCACCUCCAGGAGUUAUUCCUCAUAAAAUUGGCCGAGUCAUAGAGGGAAGCCCAGCAGAUCGCUGUGGAAAACUGAAAAUCGGAGAUCACAUCUCUGCGGUGAAUGGGCAGUCCAUUGUUGAACUGUCCCAUGAUAACAUUGUUCAGCUGAUCAAAGACGCUGGCGUCACCGUCACACUAACGGUCGUUGCUGAGGAAGAGCAUCAUGGUCCGCCUUCAGGAACAAACUCCGCCAGGCAGAGCCCUGCCCUGCAGCACAGAGCCAUGGGGCAGUCCCAGACCAACCACACAGCUGGGGACAGAAGUGCUCUAGAAGGUGAAAUCGGGAAAGAUGUCCCCACUUCUUACAGACAUUCAUGGUCUGACCACAAGCACCUUGCCCAGCCUGACACGGCAAUGAUUUCGAUUGUAGGCACCCGGCACAAUCAGAGCCUUGGUUGUUACCCAGUGGAGCUGGAGAGAGGCCCCCGGGGCUUUGGGUUCAGCCUCCGCGGGGGGAAGGAGUACAACAUGGGGCUGUUCAUCCUGCGUCUUGCUGAGGAGGGCCCCGCCAUCAAAGACGGCAGGAUUCACGUGGGUGACCAGAUUGUCGAAAUCAAUGGGGAGCCUACACAAGGCAUCACACAUACUCGAGCAAUUGAGCUCAUUCAGGCCGGUGGAAAUAAAGUUCUUCUGCUUUUGAGGCCAGGAACUGGCUUGAUACCUGACCACGGUGAUUGGGAUGUUAAUAAUCCUUCGUCUUCAAAUGUGAUUUAUGACGAGCAGCCCCCCUUCCCCCCAUCUUCCCGUCCUGCUUCCAUAUUUGAGGAGUUUCCCGUGCCAGUAAUUGAAGGCUCUUUAAUGAGAGGUCAGACAUGUGAAAAGACCGAGGAAUUAAAGGAUGGUGUGCCUGAAAAGAAAAGCACUUUAAAUGAAAAUCCGUCUGAUAAAAAGCAGCACUCUUUUCUCCAGAAAAAUGUGAAUAAAAGGGAUCCACCCAGCAGUCAUGGGCAGAGUGACAAGAAAAAUCUCUUCAGAGUAGAAAACGGUGUUACACAAAGAGGCAGAUCUGCCAGUCCCAGAAAGUCCGCCGGCCGACAUGCAGAAGGACGUUCACACAGGCUUCCCAGUCCUCUACCUACUGACCCCAAAAGAAGACCCAGAGAUCGAUCACUCAGUCCCAGGAAAGGGGACAGUAAAGGGGGGCAGAUGGGCACCAGGCCAGGUUCCGGACAAGAUGGCUGCGGAAGAAGCAGAGGACGGUCUUCAAGCCCAAAGAAGCAGCAGAAGACGGAGGGAAGCAAAGGCCGAUCAUCAGAGUCGGAGAGUCAGGGGGGCGGGGGCCGUGCGAGGGACGGGGCCGAGCAGAUCUCCGAGGGCAGAGAAGAAUCGGGUGUUGUCCAGAGGGACGCAAAGCAGAGCCAGUCUGGAAAAAACAGAACACGGUCUCCAGAGAAAAAAAGCAAGAGGAUAGAUGAAAAGUCCCUUCCAUCCAAAAAGACUAGUACCGCUGCUAGUAGAGUAUUAUCUGACAGGGAGAAAGGAAAGAAGGCGGCCUUAGAAGAGACAAGCUCCAGCAAAAAGAAGCCAGGGGAAAAUGCCAGAAUAUCAGACAAGAAGCUGAAGCAGGACCCUGAAGAAAGGAUGGUUUUAAACAAAACCCAAGCUCCCCGAGGAAAAGAACAAGAGGCAGCCGAUAGAACCAGAGAGAGCGGAGGGUUCCAACCUGAGAGCGCUUCUCCCGUUAAGAAAACACCCAUAACUCCAGGGCCCUGGAAGGUGCCAAGUGCAAACAAAGCAGCAGGCACUACUGGUGUGGCCGAGAAACGGCUGUGACCUCCGGUAUAAAACAAAGAAAAACAAGUUGUAAUCUUUUCUUACUAAAAAGUGGCAUUUUUCCAAAACAAAACCCUACAAAGUCAUUUUUCCUGAAAUUCUGGAACACGACACAUUUUGAUUUGAGCAUCCGGUUAGCCAGGCUGCAUGAAGCGCCUUCGGGACCGCUGCCAACCAACCGUCCCCCGGGCAGCCGCCCUCCCGCCUCCGCGGGGGUCCCAAGUGACGCAAGCGGACGUGCACGGCCUGGUCACAGCUCCCUUGAUACCUGUGCCAGAUUAUCUACUGUGUCAUGUCUGUUUUAUCCAUCUCACUCAGCUGUUCCCACAGGAAUGAGAAAACUCGGUUUGGCUUGGAAGUCGAUAUUCUCAAUAGCAUGCUGCAUGUUUACAGAGAGACACAUUUGAGUCCUUGCAGAAGAAGGGGUUGUUAGCUCAUCAUUAAAAGAUGGCAGUCGCCUCUUCUAACAGCUACAGGUGAUGGCGCAGGCCCAGUUUAAAAAUGAAACUCCAAAACAUCACUACUGAAAAGAAAAACAAAAUGGAGUCAGAUAACGACACUCUCUUAGGGUUUUUAAUUCGGCUGGAUCAGGUAUUUCAGGUAACUUACAGAUAUUACUUACAAUUCGAUGUUUAAAAUGAGCUAGUGCUUUAGGCAAUGAAGAGUUCCCCCUCCUGCUGUUAUUCUCCAACCCUGAUGUGUGGUCUUAGCAUCUCAGGUCGGCCUUUUUUCUUCAGUUUAUUUUGUUAGGAAACCAGAAAGCAGCAUGUGGAAACAUUGCUUACUGCUGUUCAGAGAAAAACUACCAGGUUUCUAUUUCUGGAUAUUUGGGUUGGACCUCCUACUACUCAUCCGUUAGUCGUUACUACAUAGUGCGUACGGGAAGAGUCAAAACAUCGUACAGAUCGUGAGGGCCUCGAUCGCAAGGCACUUUCCCAGAUAGAGGACCACGCCUCCGGCAGUAGCUGUCCGAGCUCAGGUGUUUCGAGGCAGGGCCUGCGUUCAGACCUGCUCAGCAAGAGGACCAACGUGGCGGUAGACAGCCCUUGCUAGAUCUGAUUUCGUUUUAAUUUCUAGCUGUGUUAACUUAUUUAAAAAACAAGAAAGGGAGACUAGACAUCUGCUUAGCUUGUACACAUUUUCAGAGUCCUUUGAAAAAAUCUCAGUAAAGAUGUUUGCUGGGAGGUAGAGACCGUUUUUAGCUCCAUAAAAGAGAUCCAGGAUUUUCAGGCCCCUGUAGCAGCUAUGAAUAAAGGAACAAUCUCAGAACAAAACCAUUUUAUGGAGUAUUUGAACACACCUGUUCUGUCCCCUGGGUUCAUCUUGUUCUUGUGAAACAUGGUACAUCCAGGCCCUGUCCUCUCAGAGUCCAACUGUGAAAGUCUUUAACGUACCAACCGAAGCCACCCUUGUAGCUGAGACAUGCUUCCCAGAGUGAGAUUUCUGAACUCCCCUUCCAUCCGGAACUAUAUUUACCCACCUAUUGUAACUACUUGAAUAGAGAAAAAUUAGGAGGCUUGAUCCAUGCUGAGAAUUUAGCACCACAGAAAUGAUUUAUUUUCCCUAUAGUCCACAAUUAGUGAUAAAAAAAUCCUAUUUUUAUUGUUAACUGUGACAUAACUUCGAUGUCAUAUGUUGUCAGUCUGAUGUGGCUCUUUUCUUUCUAAGUAACCGGUCACUGUACUGAUUAUAUACUGACUUAGCAAUGUGGCCUUGGAAUGCUAAGCAAAAUAUGGAUGUACUGGUUGUAAAUGUUUAUAUAUUGUACAGUACCUUUAUAUAUACACACUUGAGGUUCUGAUUAGAGAGAUCUGUAAAUCGCUCGUUAUUUUUUAUAUAGAUAUUAAAAAAAACAAAAACAAAAAACUGUUCAUGGCCUGCAUUUCUUUUACUGUUAGGUUUAUUUAAUGUUGCUUUCCCUUUAUAGAGCGAAUUCCCAUCACAGUCUGAGUCCUCAAAUAGAUGUUGUUACUCCAAGUCACAAACAUUCAAAAUCCUACAAUCAGGAAGACUUAUAAUGAUGACUUGUUAUAGCUUCCUUCUGUCUGUAUGUAAACCUUGAAAUUAGCUUAUCGUUAUGCCUGUUCAUUAUAAAGAAAAUAGCUUUGCAAAAAUAACUUGCUUCCUACACUGUUGGAGAGAAACGGAGAGAAAAGGACUUGUCUUCUUGGAAGUUCAGUGGAAGUUCUAAUGGAUAGAGUGGUGUAAGUCCAGUUUACUGUAAGGUCACAAAAUUCAUCAGACUGUGGCAUUUCAGCAGUGAAUCUUUUCAUUUACUAUGGGUUACACUUACUUUCAGAAUGCAGUGUUUUGACAGGUUUUGGGCAUUAAUCAUAUCAAAAAAAAAAUAAAUGAAACCCAUUUCACAACCAUGGUUAUUUUACUCUUGCGGGUAAAAAAAAAAUUCCUACCAUUGCAUUAACUUACACUAAAAAACCCAUAAACCUGAAGUCCCAUAGUGGAGAUGCAGGUCAUGGCAAAGGCUGUAGAAAGUGGCAGCAAAAUAGUUUGGGUGGACAUAUGUUCUCCCGGAGUUCUGGGAUGCUACUGCAUUGUCUUGCUACAGAUGACAGACCGAGAUCGUAGUUACAUCAAAUUUUAUAGACCAAGUAGCUGUUGAACAGGGUCAACUAUUUCAGAAGUCUCAGACACAAAAGCAUUUGGCUUUUUAUUUCUACAUGAAAAUAUCUUGGGUUCUUCCUUUCAGUAGAUAUUCCCACAUAGAAAAAGCCAAAUGCUUUUAAACACAUGCACAAAUGAAGAAUUUCGUGGUUAGUAUGUCCAACAUUCAAAGAGAAUAUGAUUUUUAAAAAGCAAGGAAUAUUCAAAUUAGUUAAGCUGUGUAACAGUCUAAUGACCUCCACAAAGACGUGUUUAAGCUGAAGCUUAGUCAUAGAUGGCUCCGACAGAACACUGGUAUAAACACGGACUUUUGCACAAAAUGUGACGUUUCGGUCUGGUAUGAAGAACACAUCAGAGCACCUUUUUACAUCAUCAUGGUAUGCUCCAGUGCCUAAGAACUAUCUGUGUUUGUUAAACAUAACAGACUUACUUAUUUGGGCAGCUCUUCACUGGUCAUGCUCUUAAGGUUUGUCAGCAAUACAAUGACUUGUUCAAAGCAUGCCAUAAUUAUUACAUGAAAUCUGUAAUCUUUGCUUUAGUUAACUUAGUUUAAGAGAGUUACUAACUUGGAUCUGUUUUCACUGUUGCUAUGCAAGAGAGCCUUUUGGGAAGAGCGUGAUUCUAACCACUAGAGAACUCUGAAUCUUUCUCAUGUACAUUAAAAAUACGAAAACAUAGCCAAGUGCUUUAGCUUAGCCUAAACCUGUAAUUUUGACAGAGAAUCCUUUGGGAAUUUGUCUAUUUCACAGUGUUCACAUUAAAGCCAAGCAGAACUAUUAUUAGCAAAUACACAAAUCAAGAGGCUUAUUUUGUCCUUAAUAAGCACCAAUCAUUUGUUACCUUGAGUAAUACCUUAUUACAGCUUAUAUGCUCAGGCAUGCUGCAGGAAAGGUAUGGAAUUAUUGCACAUUUGUGAAAUUCAAACUUCAUUAUUCAAGACGGGCAC